CCACUUUCGUUUCCAAUCCUCCUACCGACAGGCAAUGCAUCAUCAGCCUCCACACCAAGCUCUGCACCAUUUCGUGCUUCUGUCGGCACUGGAUCUAGCUCUGGCCUCCUAGCAUUAGCUACUGUAUUUCUGCCGCCCACCAUGCAGACCGCCUGGAUUGCCUGGCUCCGAGGCCUGGCCGCCUCUACAUCGGCUUCUGCCACAUCCACAGCCAUCGCCAAAAACUACGGUGGCUCCAUGCCAACGACCGCCAACUCCCUCAGCACCAUCACUUCCGACAACAAUAGUGGCAACGGCCCGGCGACCAAAUCUUUUGAGGGUGUUGAAUCCAUCGGUUUUGACAACUUUACUGCUUCUUCUACUAACUUCACAGCCAGCGAUCGACAGAAGCCAGUCGGCCCGGGCACCGGUGGAUUAGAUGGUUUGCUCCGUCCAAACUCAUCUAUAUCACGUCCUUCGCCCAACCUAUUUUCAGGACUGGCCAGCCCCGAGGACUGGGCAUAUAUCCAAAGUGUCCAGCAAGCAGUAGAGAAGUCGGCUCGUCUCAGGAGCUGGAUCGACGUUACUACGGGCAACAAAAUUUAA